UGACGCCGCAGUCGGGUUUUAACGGCAACGGGGCGCGGAUUCGCCGGACCUGGUGCGCCUGUGCGGGGAAAAUCACCCGGAGGACGAGGACGAAGGAGCCGAGAGAGAGAGACCAAGAGUUGCCGUCCGCGGCGGGCCGUUGCGGGCCGGAUUGACAGGCGCGUUCGGUCUCGUCGAACUGCGCUUCCCCGGGUUCCUCGGCACCGAAUUUUCGAGAAAGCCUCGAGAGCGCUCCGGAUUCGUGCGCUUCCGUGCUUUUUCACGUACAACGUUGACAGACACGAUCGUGCAUGCAGGCGGUGCAUACAUGCACGCUGCGUUAAGUCUCUCCCUUUUACACAGUUUUUCGCGCGUGUCCCUUCGUCUCCUGAGUGCGGACACGUAGCACUCGCGUCUCGAAGCCAGAACGGAGCAAAAGGUCCGACCGGCUGAUCGUCUCCUCGUACACACAUCGAACUUUACUCGGAAUACGUUACGUACAUAUAUAUAUAUAUAUAUAUGUGUGUGUGUGUAUAUAUAUAUAUAUGCAUCGCGAGCUUGUAACUAACCUUGCGGGACGCGUCUGGCGUUCAGGGAAACCUAAUUAAUUUUGCGAAUUCUCUUCCCCUUCUCGCGAGUGCGUGAAAUGUGAGUUCCUCCUGUUGAUUAAUAAUAACAGAGAAUCUUGUUUUGUUAAGAGAGAUACGUAAACGUCAUCGUUAGAAUGCCACCAAGACGAGCGGAAGAUGUGCCUGUGAAGAGAGUGGCAGCUGCAGGUUGUAAGUUACCAGCGCAACUGCCAGCGGGAGAAAUUUUGACUGAUAUUACACAGAAUAAAUGGAGACUGGGAAAUACUAUUGGAUAUGGGUUUGGAGACAUAUACUUAGCUUCUAAUGACAUUACAUCACCUGUCGGCCAAAAUGCCAAAUAUGUUGUAAAGAUUGAACCUCAUAAUAAUGGGCCAUUAUUUGUUGAAAUGAAUUUUUAUAUAAGGGCAGCGCGUAAGCACAUGAUUGAAAGUUGGUGCGAGUCUCAGAGGAAAAGGAAAAUCGGAGUUCCCGCGUACGAGGGUUCGGGAUCUCACAUUUAUAGGAAUGAACGAUACAGGUUUCUAGUAAUACCGCGAUAUGGUAUAGAUAUUGGAAAAUUAUUCCUGUCGCAUAGCAGGAAAUUACCAACAAGAUUAGUUAACACGCUGGCUGUACAAAUGUUGGAUGCAUUGGAGUAUAUUCACAGCAAAGGAUAUGCUCAUGCAGAUAUUAAGGGACCAAAUAUCCUAUUAUCGUAUGGGGACGGGAUAGGGAGGGAAAAGUCCCAAGCAUACCUCGUAGAUUACGGACUGGCGUAUCGUUUUCGCACAGGAACCGGUGAACACAAACCAUUUGUACAUGACGAGAGAAGAGCUCACGAGGGUACUUUAGAAUUCACAUCACGGGACGCUCACCAUGGAACACAUUCAAGGAGAGGAGAUCUAGAGACUUUAGGAUAUAACAUUAUACAAUGGAUGUGUGGAAAGCUACCUUGGGAGAAAGAUAGUGACGACAUAGAUUCAAUUAUGGAUCCAGAAGAAGUUCAUCGACAAAAAGAAUUUCUUUUAUCAGACUUGUCUUUGUUUAUGGAUAAAUGCUUCCCUUAUAAGAAAACACCGCCAGCCGCAAUUAUGAAAUAUAUGAAAUAUGUGACAGAGUUAGAAUUCGAGACCAAGCCCAAUUAUUCGUAUUUACGGAAUUUAUUUGUACACAGCCAAGAUGGCAAUAUUCCUACAUGUCUUUACAGUAUGAAAGAAUCCAAUGAAAAUCUUACAACCGCUAUAUUUUUUGAACGUCCAUAUUUAAGAGAAAGGAGACCUUGUAGGCCUGUAAAUGGCGAAAUUCGAAUAACACGAAAUACACAGCCUAAGCAUCCAGUUCCAAAAAAAGAAUUUAGCUGGGAAGCAGUAUUGGCGCUGCACCCGGACAAAUGCAAAAUUAGUACUCAACCGCCACCUUCGACACCUCUGACACCACCUCUCACACCCCCAUCAGUCUCACCCUCACGACCACCAUCUCUACCGACGUACGCUAUGCUAGAUGUACUUCGUAGAAUGAAGGAAAGGCAAUCAAGUUCAUUUAGACAUAAAGGAAUACCGAAAUCAUCGGAUAACGAACUCAAGCCAAAAUGGAUGACACCCGCGAUGGAAGAAGUCGCACGAUUAAAAAAUAAAAUUGUCGAGCCUCCCGAUCCUGUAGCAAAUUCUCAAGGUUCACGCGUAACACGUUCACGGGUGGCGAAAGUAAAACGACUUGGAGUUAAGAAGCAAGAUAAACGGAAAAGGGACAAUCCAAUCGAGGUUACAAAUAAAAGAAGAAAAUGCUCAUUCUCUUAAAUGGGCCUGGUUAGUAUUAUGGAGAUCAUAUCUCUGAGAAUGACACCAUCGGCACAUUCACUUCAUUAGGAAAUAUAUAAUUAAGUAUUAUUCGGACAAAAUCUCAUCCAUCGACAUGAUGUUAUCGCCACACAUCGCGCCAAUUUGUUUAAGACUGCUUCAUCAUGAUAAUUUGUUCUUCGAUAAUAUUAAACGAUAUACAUAAGAUUUCUAAAUAGUUGUAUAGCGAACAAAAUAGUGAUAAUAUUACUAAUAAUACUAAGUGACUUCCUCCUAGGAAAUUACAGAGAUUCAAUAGAAUUAAUGUGUUCGUAUAGAAAGACGUCAAAUGUCGAUGUCAUAAUAUUCCUGCAAGAGAUGAUGCCUGUUACAUAAUUUAAGAUCGCACAAGUGAAUUUUGCAAUCAGAUCAUUAGGUUGAAUUUAUUUAAUUUAAUAUGUAGAAAAAAGAGAGAGAGAGAGAGAGAGA